CUUUGUUAUCAGUCUAGAAAAACAAGCGUCAGUACUGAGAACACCAAAGAAAGUAAUGGAGCUGAAAGUAAAGCUGUUAGUUGUCCUGCCUGCCAUUGUACUUUUCAUGGAAGUCUCGCCAACUCUCGGAUUCCGCCGAGCUGUGAAGUCCUACGAACAAGAAAAUUCCUCCACUGCAUGUCUACCAAAAGUCAUACCCAAAAGAAGAUGCCGGAAAGUGUGGCCUAAACUUCCACCGGUGCCAGUUCGUCGCUUCCUCAGAGGCCCAAUAUGCGUUCGACCUAGCGAAACAGACUUGUUGGAAAAGCUUAAGGAUAUUGGCGGCUUCAACCCUCGGUACGUAGCAACCAACUGGAGACAAGCGAAGAAAUUCCCCAAUCUUCUUAGAGAUAAGGACCCUGUGCAUGCUAAACGACCCCCAUACAGGCAGACCAAGAACGUUUCCACUACUAUCACCUUGGUUGGGAGGAAACUAGGAAACGUCUUACCAGGGGUUGCAGGUACUACCGUUAACCAAGAAUGCUUUGCUGCAGGUUCCAUCGUUUCAGGAAGCGUCUUAUGGCGUCUUUGCAGCGAAUGCUCAGCCAUUACGCAUCUUCCAGUUGAUGUUUUCCCGCGAUUUAUUAAUGAGAUUAUCUGCAAGGCAACCGACACGCAGUCUUGCGGCUCUCCACCUAUAGGCCGAUGUCAACAAAGGAAUUUGGAAUUUAAGUUUCUUCGUUUCACAGGAAAUUUUAAACGACACGACAGACUUAGUGAAUUACUUGGAAAAAAUGUGUUUGUCGAAGAGACAGACGAUUUUGAUCAAAAUAUUAGAGGAUGUUGCGAAUGCCGUACUUUCGUGGGCUGAACAAUAUUAGGGACCUUAAGCAACCAGGACGGCGACGGCAACGAGG